AUGCCUCCUUCGCAUAUCACUCGAUGCUGGCUCGAUCCACUUCUGUUUAUUGUUAUUGUAUUUCUUUGUUGAUUAAAGCAGGCGCCUUUGUGUGUCGUUGGCCAUAGUUUGACACCCACUCGAGGCGCGCCAGGCAGCCAGGUAGAUGAGUCUGCGUUCCAGGCAAGGUGAGAAUGGGGUGCUAACUGCUGUUUACCUGCUGAUGUGAGGGCUCUAAAAUGCACCCGCUCUGCAGUUCAGGUGCUAACCGAAGAGACACAUGUUCCAGCACGGUUCCACUGCCCACCUGUUGGUGUUAUUGACCAGGUCGCUCAGCUGGCGCUUCUCGACUUGAGCCAUUGAUUUUCAUUACCACCAUAGUAACCAGCGCGAUAGCCGAAAGCCAAAACAAAACAAUGAGUGAAAAUGUUUGGCAAAGUUUUUUCGUUCCGUUCACAUUUGGCAGUUUCUAAUGCGGUCGCCGCUUUGCAGUUUGCAGUUUGCUCAAUUCCCAAAAUAAAUAGCGACCAGAGGUGCGUGCAGUGUAUGUAUGUGGUGGUAGUAUCUUGAAAGAUGCGGUGGCCCACAUGUGGCGUCGUCCAUCCCCCAUCCUCUCGGGGAUGGGAUGCAUCCCAUCCGUAGGAGCGCCAGACUCUUUGAAGCUUCUUCCGCUCUACGGCUGAAUGCUCCUGAUUGCUGCUGCGCACGUCGCAUCGCCCAGCAGCCCAUGACUCAUGGCAGCUCGCCCCUUGGAGGGCGACAUGGCGGAUACGUAACGAAGUCUGGCGUGCGCCGCGAAAGUAUUUGGGGAAUAAAGCCAAGAACAACAACAACAACAGCCAGGGAUGACGUGUCCACCCCGUGUAAACGCAACUAAUUAAAUCUCAAAAUUAGAGUCGCUGCAAAUAUCUACAGAAUCUAGUGAAGGAAAGUGUGCAUAAAAUAUAAAUAAACGCGAGUAAGAGCGCAAAUGCUAAAUGAAACAUAGAAUAUGGCGGGUAUCUUUCGAUCUACCUCACUGAACCAAUCGGCGGAUGUACCUGGCUCCCCAUUCAAGAGAUACUCUCUGAAUUCCAGCAACUCGCCAUUCUGCACCAGUCCGGGAGCCCUGCAAGAUGUCACCAUGGAGAACUCAUAUGCUAGUUUCGACGUGGCGCGACCUACGGGCGGCAGCCACUCGCCCUUGGCGAUGCAAGGGCGCUCUGUGCGGGAGUUGGAGGAGCAGAUGUCCACGCUGCGCAAGGAGAACUUCAAUCUAAAGCUGCGCAUCUACUUCAUGGAGGAGGGUCAGCCGGGUGCCCGGGCCAACCAUUCCUCAGACUCCUUGAGCAAACAGCUUAUCGAUGCCAAGAUCGAAAUCGAGACGCUGAGAAAAACCGUCGAUGAAAAGAUGGAGCUGCUCAAGGAUGCCGCCCGUGCGAUUUCUCACCACGAGGAACUGCAGCGCAAAGCGGACUUUGACAGCCAGGCAAUGAUCGACGAGUUGCAAGAGCAGAUACACGCCUAUCAGGUGGCGGAGUCUGGUCAACCAGGCGAAAACGUCGCUGACGCCAAGAAACUGCUGCGCCUUGAAUCGGAGGUGCAGAGAUUGGAGGAGGAACUGGUGAAAUCCGAUGCACGUAACAUAGCGGCCAAGAACGAGCUGGAAUUCACGCUGGCCGAGCGCCUGGAAUCCCUGACAGCCUGUGAGGCCAAGAUUCAAGAGCUGGCCAUCAAGAAUGCCGAGCUGGUGGAGCGCCUCGAAAAGGAAACAGAAUCCGCCGAGUUAUCCAGCGCCAAGCGAGAUCUGGGCGCCCAACUGGCGGAUAAGAUUUGCGAGCUGCAGGACGCCCAGGAGAAGCUCAAGGAGCGGGAACGGAUCCACGAGCAGGCCUGCCGCACCAUUCAGAAGCUAAUGCAAAAGCUGAGCAGCCAGGAGAAGGAGAUAAAGAAGCUCAGCCAGGAGAACGAACAGUCGGCAAACAAGGAGAACGACUGCUCUAAGACGGUAAUUUCGCCAUCCACCAGCGGCCGUUCCAUGAGUGACAACGAGGCCAGCUCCCUGGAAAUGUCCACCAACCUGAGGGUGCGCUACGAGCUAAAGAUCGGCGAGCAGGAGGAGAAGAUCAAGCAGCUGCAGACGGAAGUAAAGAAGAAGACGGCGAAUCUGCAAAACCUGGUCAACAAGGAGCUAUGGGAGAAAAAUCGCGAGGUGGAGCGCCUCACGAAGCUGGUGGCUAGCCAGCAGAAGACGUUGCCGCAGAUAAGCGAGGAAUCCGCCGGCGAAGCAGAUCUGCAGCAAUCCUUCACGGAGGCGGAGUACAUGAGGGCACUGGAGCGUAACAAGCUACUGCAGCGCAAGGUGGAUGUGCUCUUCCAGCGCCUUGCAGACGAUCAACAGAACAGCGCUGUGAUUGGGCAGUUGCGCUUGGAGCUUCAGCAAGCUCGCACGGAAGUGGAGACGGCGGACAAGUGGCGUCUGGAGUGCGUCGAUGUCUGCGGUGUGCUGACGAACCGAUUGGAAGAGCUGGCUGGGUUCCUCAACUCUCUGCUGAAGCACAAAGAUGUUCUGGGCGUGUUGGCCGCAGAUCGUCGCAAUGCCAUGCGCAAGGCGGUGGAUCGCAGCUUGGAUCUCUCCAAGAGUCUUAAUAUGACCCUGAAUAUAACGGCUACAUCCUUGGCUGAUCAAAGCCUUGCCCAGCUGUGCAAUCUCUCCGAGAUCCUGUACACCGAAGGCGAUGCAAGCCACAAAACUUUCAAUUCCCACGAGGAGCUGCACGCCGCUAGUUCCAUGGCUCCGACUGUAGAGAACUUAAAGGCCGAAAACAAGGCUCUUAAAAAGGAGUUGGAAAAGCGACGCAGCUCAGAAGGACAGAGGAAAGAGCGCCGCUCCCUGCCACUGCCCUCCCAGCAGUUGGAUAACCAGAGCGAGUCAGAGGCCUGGUCAGAGCCUGAUCGCAAGGUUUCCUUGGCACGUAUUGGCCUGGACGAAACUUCCAACAGUCUGGCGGCGCCGGAGCAGGCGGUCAGCGAGUCGGAAAGUGAGGGAAGAACCUGCGCUACCCGUCAGGAUCGCAAUCGCAACAGCGAGCGUAUCGCCCAGCUGGAGGAGCAAAUUGCCCAAAAAGAUGAACGGAUGCUUAGUGUACAGUGCCAGAUGGUGGAUCUGGACAAUAGAUACAAGCAGGAGCAACUGCGCUUCCUGGAUAUCAGUCAAAAAUUGGAACAAUUGCGAGUUAUCAACGAAGCUCUGACUGCGGACCUGCAAGCUAUUGGUUCACACGAGGAUCAGCGCAUGGUGGAGUUGCAACGCCAGCUGGAGCUUAAGAACCAGCAGAUUGACCAACUAAAACUGGCUCAAAGCACUCUGACGGCAGAUUCACAGAUAACCGAGAUGGAACUGCAGGCGUUGCAGCAGCAAAUGCAGGAAAUGGAGCAGCAACACGCCGAUUCAGUAGACAACCUGCAAUCGCAACUAACGCAACUCAAACUAGAUGCCGCGCAGCAGUUGGAGGAGCACGAGCGCCUGCACCAGGACGCUCUCGAACGCGACUGGGUGGCACUGACCACUUACCAGGAGCAGGCUCAACAGUUGUUGGAGCUGCAACGAUCACUGGACUAUCACCAAGAAAACGAGAAGGAGCUGAAGCAGACACUGGUCGAGAACGAGCUGGCCACGCGGGCCCUCAAAAAGCAGCUGGACGAGAGCACACUACAGGCCUCCAAGGCGGUUAUGGAGCGCACAAAGGCCUACAACGACAAACUGCAACUGGAGAAGCGUUCCGAGGAAUUGAGGCUGCAACUGGAGGCGCUCAAGGAAGAGCAGCAAAAGCUGUUGCAGAAGCGCUCCAACAGCAGCGAUGUUUCCCAGUCCGGUUACACAUCCGAAGAGGUGGCUGUGUCCAUGGGACCGCCAUCGGGUCAGGUUACAACGUCCAAGCAGGCUGGUUCCGCAGUAGUAGGCCAGAGGGUAAACACAUCAUCUCCCGAUCUUGGCAUAGAAAGCGAUGCCGGCAGGGUAUCCAACGUGGAGCUAUCCAACGCCCAACGAGCAAUGCUUAAGACUGUAGAGCUGAAAACGGAGGGGGCAACGAGCUCAAAGACAAAGUCAGAGGAAUCUGCUUCACCCGACAGCAAGAGCAACCUGGCAGCUGGUGCAGCCACAGUACACGACUGUGCCAAGGUAGAUCUUGAAAACGCCGAGUUGCGGCGCAAACUAAUCCGCACCAAGCGCGCAUUUGAAGACACCUACGAAAAGUUGCGUAUGGCUAACAAAGCAAAAGCACAAGUUGAGAAAGACAUCAAAAAUCAAAUACUAAAAACGCACAACGUGCUGCGAAACGUUCGCUCAAACAUGGAGAAUGAGUUAUAACGAUCGCGCCGACGUCCAGUAUAUCAGCAUUAACCUGAGAGGCCAUUCACCCAAAGUUCAAUUGCCAUUUCAAAUUGUUCUUUCCAUUCAUAUAAUUUAUCUGCAUUGUAUUUUGUUGUCUCGUUGCUAACUUGAUGUCAAUUAUUUAUGUUUUUUUUUUGCUUUAAAAGACCGAAAACAACGAAGCUAUUAGUACGAAAUACCCAUGCAUUUUCUAAAGACUGUUGAGGGAAUCGAACCCAUUGAAUGAAAUAUCACACACCUGUUUUAAGCACAAAACAAAGCUAACUUGAAACUGAGUGCUGACAAUAUGUAUCUAACCCGGCGCACUCAUUCAUAUUGAAUGACACAUGUAUAUUAGACUGUAUAUAUAUCAAUCCCCUAGUAUCAUAACUUUUACGAAUAUUAUCUAGCAUACUCGACCCGAUUCUUGUCUCGCAUAACCCUCCAUUUUGCAAUCACUUGCGUGUAGUUAAUGCCUGAUUAAUGUAUUCUCCUACGCUUAACUGCUCUAAUCCUUGAUUUCAGUUAACCAUCGAAACGGAUAUUGAAAUAAUUGUUUGACUUGCCGGCCAAAACGGUUUAACUACGUUGCCAUCCAAUAACUCUUUUUUCGUUCGAAACAUCCCUUUGUACAAUGUGUAAAAAGUAGUGUGCGUUGUCCUGGAGAACAAGAUCUAGAACUUAAGCCAUUUGUACCCGUCGUUUUAUGGAAUAAACACUUGCGUUAGAAUUA